AUGUUACAAGAGAUGAUCAAUACACGAGAAGAGUAUAAUGAUGGAUCUUCUGAAACAACAGCUGCUGCAAGUAUCAAAAUCAUGGAAUGCGAAGAAGUUGAAACUAUCAUGGAGUAUAUCAAAUUGCAACAUAAUGCUGAAAAGUUGAAUAAUGCACGGUCUGAACAUUUCGUUUAUGAAGAUCAUUUCAAUCCAACUUUGUGUGAGUAUAUGGAAAAUAGCGCAUCUUUUCAAAAGCUGAAGACAACCUGCCGUAAAUAUGAAGCAGAGUUAAAAAAGAAUAUCGAUGCCGUGUUGAAUGAAGCAUUCGCCAUUGACUUCUAUACUGGCUCUAGAAGUGAAGCAUGUAGUCGAGGCGCCAGCCUUGUCACUCGUCGUGCUAAUGGCGUAGUUAUUGAGGAUAGAACUGUAGAAGAAAUGAAAGAAGCAGCAAUCGUUGUAUACUAUUUAGUUAAAGAACUUUCAAAUAUUACCUAUUAUUGGGGUUAUGUGACACGAGCAUGUCAACUUAACGAUCAGGAACUAGCACUUUAUACACCUGGUGCUUUAAUUACAUGGCUUCAGUUCAGUAGCGCCAAACGAGGCAAAAACGUUGCUGAUGGUGGUGAUUUUCAACACCGUAACACUCAGUUCAAAAUUUACUCGCUUACGGGUCGUCGUAUCCAAUACUUUUCUAAUUACGAUCACGAAGAUGAGGUGCUACUCUUACCACAUUCAACAUUUCUUGUUUUUAAGCAUGUAAUCGGCAGCCAUGGGACGCAACAUACAAUUUAUAUGUGA